AUGGACUUCGACCACCUCGCAGAAGAGAGAUCGAAUCUGAUCUUCCAAGUGUGGCUCCAGAAUCUACUGCGAAACUCACCCGAGGAGCUGGCGGGGAAGGUUGCUUCCCGCCACCGUGCUGGCACACCCGUCAAAGCCGCGCCGCUUGCCAAUGGCGCUUUCAAUGUUUGUUACCGCGUGACCUACGAUGACGGCCAUCGUGUCGUGGUUCGUUUCACUGCUCUUGGUCGGAUCGUCGCUCGUAGUGAGAAGGUCGAAGACGAGGUCGCUAUCAUGCAAUAUGUUGCCCAGCAUACAAGGGUCCCUGUUCCCAAGGUUCUGGGUUCUGGAAAGUGUGUGGUUGGCCCAUACAUCGUAAUGGACUACGUUGAGGGCAAGCCAUUGAGUGGGCAUCUUAGAGAACUGUCUCAGAAGAUAGUCACACUGCGCUCGAACAUCAACAUGUCUGUAUUGCGAAGAGCUUAUAUGGCCAUGGCCGAGAUCUUGCUGGAGCUAUCGAAGCCUAAAUUCCCCUUCAUUGGAGCUGUUCGACUGGACGAGUCCGGCGAGUGGACGGUGCAGAAACGACCAUUCACCUUCAACAUGAAUCGACUUGCUCAGUUUUCCAAUAUUCCGCACAGUAUAUUUGAACAACAUCGCUUCGACAAUGCAGCAGAUUAUUUUGAGGAGCUUGCGCAUCACCAUUUCCAUCAUUUGGAGCUACAGCGCAAUGAUGCGGUAACCGAUGAAGAUGACUGCCGGAAGAAGUACAUUGCGCGUUGUCUUUUCCGCAAAUUGUCGCGUGCUAUCUCCAAGGAACACUGCAAGGGUCCUUUCAGGCUAUAUUGCGAUGACCUCCGUCCCGACAAUGUUCUUGUUGAUGCAUCAAGACUGGCUGUUACUGGAGUCAUCGAUUGGGAGUUCUCCUAUGCUGCUCCUGUCGAAUUCACAUAUGCGGUUCUCAAGGAGUGUGAGGCCAAGAAAUUCCAGGACAAUUUCUUGUCACAAUCACAACGGCUAUCCAUCGCUAUGGAGAAAUCAUUGGAGACUGGAUUAUUUUGGAUUUGUCUUGCUUCACGCCACAGUUCCAUGUUCGAUGAGAUAUAUUGGAAGUUUAUCGAUCCAAGGUUCUAUGGCCCAUUGACAACUGUCAAUGAUCGACUGGGUCUGCUCAGUGAGGAAGAGCGGGCGAACGUCGACACCAUCGUUGAGCAAAAGAUGCUGCAGGCAAGUGAGGGCACUUUCGUCUCUCAUUACAGCAUUGACGAACUAGUUGACCUAUGA